AUGCCUUUAGAGUUUGAGCUGUGUCCCGGUACAAUGAUCGGAGGAAAUCACCCGUGCUUCAUUAUUGCAGAAAUUGGACAAAACCACCAGGGAGACAUUGCGAUUGCUAAGCAAAUGAUCAAAAUGGCAAAGGACUGCGGUGCUGAUUGUGCCAAAUUCCAGAAGAGUGAAUUAGAGCACAAAUUCAACAAGAAAGCCUUGUCACGUCCCUACACUUCAAAGCACUCCUGGGGGAAAACUUACGGUGAACACAAGCGCCACCUGGAGUUCAGCCAUGAGCAGUACAGGGAACUGCAGAAAUAUGCUAAGGAAGUGGGGAUCUGCUUCACUGCCUCUGGGAUGGACGAGAUGGCAGUGGAGUUCCUCCAUGAGCUCAAUGUGCCUUUCUUUAAAGUGGGCUCUGGAGACACCAACAACUUCCCCUAUCUGGAGAAGACUGCCAAAAAAGGACAGCCCAUGGUGGUGUCCAGUGGGAUGCAGAGCAUGGAGACGAUGCGUCAGGUCUACAAAAUAGUGAAGGAGCACAACCAAAACUUUGUCUUCCUGCAGUGCACCAGCGCCUACCCUCUAAACGCUGAAGAUGUCAACCUCAAAGUGCUAACGGAAUACCAGAAGGAAUUUCCGGAUAUUCCCAUUGGGUAUUCUGGCCACGAAUCUGGGAUCAAUAUUUCACUUGCGGCAGUAGCUCUGGGGGCAAAGGUCAUCGAGCGCCAUGUAACCUUGGACAAGACUUGGAAAGGAAGUGACCACGAAGCCUCGCUGGUGCCCAGUGAGCUAACCGAGCUGGUUAACUCCAUCCGACUGGUGGAGAAGGCGAUGGGGACCAAUGUCAAAAAGAUGUUGCCUUGUGAGAAGAUGUGCCAUGAUAAGCUGGGUAAGUCCGUGGUGGCCAAAGUCAAGAUCCCCAAAGGAACUGUCCUGACUCUGGACAUGUUGGUGGUGAAGGUGGCCGAGCCCAUGGGCGUCGCGGCCGAGGACAUCUUCCAGCUGGUCGGUAAGACCGUGAUAGAGGACAUGGAGGAGGAUGAGAGCAUCUUGCCAGAGGUGGUGGAGGGUUACUGCAAGAAGAGGAGAUGCUGAGGAUGGCAGGGAGUUUUGAAGUGGGUAGAAAAGUCACUUACUUUUAAGAGGAAAUGUAAUCCAUUCCUCUGGGGAUAGUUCAAAAGGAGUUGGUGUGAUGGUCAUUUAGUUUUCUGACAUUGAAGUCAUGGAUGAUCAGUAAGUAGGUGUAUAAUUGGUCAGUGAAUUAAUUGAAGCAAUUAGUUGAACCAAAGCAUUUUUUUUUCUUCUAAAAGCCGCCUAACAUUUUGGCUCAACACUCUUUGAUAAACCCACCAUUAUCUUCGAAGAGGCUCAGUAGUAGUUUCAGCUCUGUGGUCAGUACAAGUGCAAUGCUUUCUGAGAUGGCACAAAAGCCGGAUGUUAAUGAACAUACUUUGCAGUCUAAGCCCGCAGUGUAGCGUUCACAACAGUAAGAUCAAGAGCUCAUUUGCCAAACAGUUAUUGCUCAUUCAUUUACGUUUGUUAUAUCAGGCAGGGUUUGUAUUUGUACUGCUUCUUUGAGAGAAGCAAAAUAAGACUACAGGAGCCAGACGCUAACCAAAACCAAAUAAAGAAAUGUGCUUACAUUAGGGACGCAGCCUAAUGCCAACUCUCAAAAUCAGUUUGAACUCUGUUGAGAUCUAUGAUGUUCUGAAAUAUAUGAAAUUAUGAUGUCUCCAAAUAAAACUUUACCCAAAUUCC